AUGCCCGCUCCCUUCACGGAAAGUGCAAUAAAAGGCAUUGUUAAACCGGAGCAGGUCGGUGAAUGCGUUGUGCGGCGCCUGGUCCCAUAUUUUUUCGACCUCCGGGGCGCCGCCAGCGGCGGCUGUUUCUUUUUGAGCGGCGCAGCCCUGCAGGGGGAUAAAGAUAUUCUUAAAGUCUUGUUUUUUCAAUCCCCUGCCUGCACAACCUGCCGCAUAAAAAAGCGCACGGCCCUAUUUAGCCGCGCGCUUUUUAUUUCAGCAGUGAUUGUCAAUAGCCGGGGUUCUGCACCAGGUAACCGGGCAGGUUGCUGGAACCGUCUAUCUGCGUUUGUGGAAUGGGGAAUAUCCGUUUUUGUUUAUCAGUAUUGGUUUUCUCCGUCCAUGUGCCUUCGUAUUUGCCGAAACGCACCAUGUCCGUACGGCGCUGCGAUUCCCAGUACACGGCGCCGCGGGUGUGCCGGCGGUACGCGCGGCCCUGAUGGCAUUUACGUCGGCGAGGGCGGUGGCGGCAUCUCCCCUUCUCAGUUUGGCUUCCGCGCGCAUGAGGUAUACAUCUGCCAGGCGGACGAUCACGAUGUCAUGCUCGCCGAAGUUCCUGCCGCUCACGGACGUUUUGCUGAACUCGUAUUUAGACACGCGGUAACCGGAGUUAUAGUUGCUGCCGGCGGUGGAAAAGUCCACCUGCUCCUUCAUACAUUUAUACCAUCUGUUCUCAAUACUAUAGAAAUUCAGUAUAAUUAUCACUUAUAUAUUGGUUAUGAUCGUGAUGAUCCGUGUUACAUAAAAAAUACUAGUUCAUCCGAUUUUCGCGUAUACAUCAAAACAAAUGUACUGUAUGGGAUCGAUCAGAGAAUUACUGCUAUUUGGAAUAUAUUAGCAGCUAUUGCCUACAAGGAUGAUUGCGAUUACUUUUAUCCAGCAAAUGAUGAUCUACAAUUACGAACGAAAGGAUGGACAAGCGCAGCAAUUCAAUUACUGCAAAGCUGUGGUGUUGCUAGCAAUUUUGGUAUUGUCGCUUUUCGUGAUAUUAGUGCAUGUGAAUAUCCGACGUUUCAUCUUACACAUAGAAAACAUUUAGACUUACAUGAUGGAAUAUAUUAUCCGUUACCAUCGCAUGGUGCUCAUCAAGAUACUUGGAUCUUUAGUUUGUAUCGUGCUUGGAAUUGUUCCUUUUUUUUGCCACAAUAUCAGUUGAAAAAUCAUGUUGGCCUUUCUGUCAAAACACGUUAUGAUUAUGGUGACGAUAGUAAGAUUACUUUGUGGGUUCGACGUUCUCGAAAGUAUUUAUAUAAUCGUCUAAUGAAUUUUUCAACAACGGAUUAUAAUCAAUCUUCAAUUGAUCUUUCUCAUAUUAACUCUCAUAUUGAAUUAAAAGUACCUUGUUCAAUUGAAGACAAAGAGAAAAUCGAUGCUUCUUUAUUAGCUGAUGCAAACAAAUGA